UUGAUUUCCGGUAAACAUGGCUGUGUGUUGUUGAGGCUCUGAACAACAAAGAGUCAAAUAAUAUAUAUAUUUAUCGUCUGUUAGUUUCAGAGUUUCUUAUUUUCUUAUUUUGCUCCGCUCAGUGACAGACUGUUGAUCUAACGGCCGGCCCGCAGCUGUCGCUAUGGAAACAGAGGAGCAGGCCAGGAACCGUUUCCAGUCAGAGUUGGAGUUCGUUCAGUGUUUGGCGAAUCCGAACUAUCUGAACUUUUUGGCUCAGAGAGGUUUCCUGAGAGAGAGGCCGUUCAUUAACUACCUGAAGUAUCUGCUGUACUGGAAAGAGCCGGAGUACGCCAAGUUCCUCAAGUAUCCUCACUGCCUCCACAUGUUGGAGCUGCUGCAGUAUGAACACUUCCGUAAGGAGCUGGUGAACGCUCAGUGUGCGAAGUUCAUCGAUGAGCAGCAGCUGCUCCACUGGCAGCACUACUCCAGGAAACGCACCCGUCUGCAGCAGGCGCUCGCCGAGCAGCAGCAGCCGCAGCAGCAGCCGCCGCCGCACGGGAACGCCGCCGCCAAGUGAUGAUGAUGAUGAUGAUGAUGAUGAUGUCACUGGAGGCGGGAGGCGGGAGGCGGACUGAUGAAGAGGAGGAGCUGCAGAUGAAACACACACUCACACUUUUUGUUUUACUUUGCAAACUGGACGCUGACUCAGUGACAGAGACACACACACAUACAGAGACACACACACAGAAACACACACAGAGACACAGACACACACACACACACA